AUGACUACCCCAAAACCAACCAUAAUCCUCACCGGCGCAAACGGGGGUCUAGGAAUAGGCUACGUCCAAAACCUCCUCUCCUCCUCCUACGCAAGUACCCACCAUGCAAUCUACACAGUCCGCAACCCAUCCACAGCAACAACCCUCUCAAACCUCCUCUCCAAAGUCCCAAAGAACCACUCUUCAUCAACCAUAUCACUAGACUUCAAUUCCCUCGCCAACGUCCGUCAAGUAGCCACCUCACUCAACACCCGCAUCUCCAACGGCGAACUCGCACCCUUCCACACUCUAGUCCUCAACGCAGGCUGGCAAGAAGUCAACGCCUCAACGGGCAAACCCCAAUCGUUUACGGAGGAUGGAUAUGAAGCUCACUUUGGGAUCAAUUACCUAAGCCAGUUUUUGUUGGUCCUGUUCCUGUUGGGGAGUAUGGAUCAAGAUGUUGGGAGGAUUGUGAUGGUGACGAGUUUUACGCAUGAUAGCCAUGAUCCGAGAGUGUGUGAUUGGAUGAAGUUGUAUACACUCAGCUGCGGAGUUUCGAAGGAGAUGUUUGGCAAAGGGGGGACGGAGGAGUGGGCCAGGGGUGUGGAGUAUGUUGAUGAUGGGUAUUUGGGGGGUAUGAGGAGGUAUGGAGCUAGUAAGUCGGCGAUGUUGAUGUUUAUGUAAGUUUUACCCCGUCCUCAAGUUUAAAGCAAGAACACUAAUAACAAUAGGUACGAACUCCAACGACGUCUUGACUCUGAUCCCGCGCUCUCUAACAUCGGCGUUCUGACUGUUGACCCCGGUGCGAUGGCCGGAACGAAUCUCCUACGAUCCAGUCCACCCUUUAUACGAUUCAUGGUUAGCAUGCUUUCGUAUCUUCAAGGUAUCUUGGUGUACUUUAAUCCCAACGGCACUUGGCGCACAACGUAUAAAUCGAGUACUGAUUUAUUACUUGCGUCGUUUGAGAAGAAGUACCUUGGUGAGCAUCCCAAAGCGCAGUUUCUUGAUGGGAGCUUGAAAUCUCAAGGUAGUGAGGAGAGUCGGGAUUUGAAGAAGCAGCGUCAGUUGUGGGUGGAUAGUUUGACGUUGGCUGGAAUUAAGACUGGUGAUACUGUUCUGAUGAACUGGGUGGGAAUGAUGGACUUGGAGUGA